AUGAUCUUAGCCAUCGGGCUGGCAACCCUGAUCGCCGACUGGCACGACCAGUACGGACCAAUCAUCUGCGUGCGGUUCGGCAGCCUGAAGAUCAUCUUCCUGGGGUCGUACGAGGUGGUGCACGAGCUGCUGGAGAAGCGCGGCAGCAACUACAGCUCGCGGCCGCAGUUCCUGGCGGACCGGGUGAGCAACGGGCUGCUGCCGACCUUCCUGCCGUACGCCGAGAAGUGGAAGGCCCAUCACCGGCUGCACAGCUCGCUGCUGACGCUGCAGGCCAGCCAGCAGUACCAGGCGCUGCAGGAGGUCGAGAGCCUGCAGCUGGUGUGGGAGCUGUUGGAGCCACACGCCGACUUCGCCGCCCGCUUCCAGCGCUACGCCUCCAGCCAGAUCUUCGCUCUGGCGUACGGCAAGCGCAUGCCCCGCGGCGAUGAGGAGCAGGUGCGCGAGCUGGACGAGAUCAUGGCGGGGAUUCUGCAGGGCAUCAAUCUCGGGAAUGAGGUCUUCCCGGUCCUGAAGUACCUGCCGCGUCCUCCCUCCCCAGACCAUCCCACAAGCCUCCUCUCAACCGCAGACCUAUGGUACAACAUCGGCGCGCUCUACGAAGCGGGAACAGACAGCACAGCGAUCCUGCUGGAAGUCUUCAUGCUAGCGAUGGUACUGCACCCAAUUGCGCAGCGCCGCGCCCAGCAUGAGCUCGACACCGUCCUCGGCACCACCCCGCGCCUCCCAGCCCUCACCGACCUGUCCUCCCUCCCCUACACGCGCGCCCUGAUCAGCGAGCUCCUCCGCUGGCGCCACCCCAGCCCAGGCGGCCUGCACCACGCCACCACUGCCGCAGACUUCUACCGCGGGUUCCACAUCCCCGGGGAUACAGCGGUAGUCGCCAACCACUUCUCGGCUGAUACCGAUCCGGCGCUGUUCCCCGACCCGCUGGCCUUUGAGCCUGAGCGCUGGCUGCGCAACCCCGGGCUACCUGUUAGCGCGUUCGGAUUCGGCCGUCGUGCGUGUCCUGGACGGUAUCUUGGGUGGAAUUCUGUGGCGAUUGCUGUUGCGCGGUUGCUUUGGGUUUAUGAGAUCGUUCCCCAGCGGGAUCGCUUAGGGAGGGAGGUGGUUCCUGAUCCGUGGGAUUUGACGCAGGGGAUUGGCGUUAGGCCGCGUUGUGUUAGGGCUCGGGUUCGGGUGCGUGGGGGUUGUAUUGGGGUGGGGGAGCGGAGGGGGAUUGUGGAGAGGGCUUGGGAGGGGCUUGGUGGGGAUGUGGAUCUUCGGGAGUUGUUGGGGGUGUGAGGGUUUAGAAUUGAGGUGCACCAGGAAGUUGAAAGGAAGAGGGGUCCGGGGGUUCUCCCCCGGAAUACUUUAACACGGUUCAUAUAAGAUUGAGGUACACCAGGAAGUUGAAAGGAAGAGGGGUCCGGGGGUUCUCCCCCGGGAUAUCCUAUACCAGUGGUUUAAGAUUGAGGUGACCAGGAAGCUGAAAGAAAAGGGGGGUCCGGGGGUUCUCCCCCGGGAAUCCUAUGGUUUAAGAACUUUAUCCCCUGUGGUAAGGAGUUGAGAAUGUUAGU